AUGCCAGUGGCUGUGGCCUACGCCGUUGCAGGUUUCUCGCUGGCACUGCUGGUGCUUGCUUCCCUGAAAGCCGAACAGGCCUGGGCUUCGGUUCGCCAGGGCCGCCAGGGUCCCGGCGGGAAACGUAGGAUCCGCAAAGUGCCGGCGGCGAUGGGAGGCCCAGAGCAGAUUGGGGAUUCGGCCCGCCUUCGCUUCCGGGUGCUCCUCUUGGAUCACGACGACACGACGGUGAAGGGUACCGAGGAGGUGCAUUAUCCCGCUCACGUCGACAGCCUUCGCAUCCUGCGGCCGGACCUGGUCCCUGUGUCGCUGGAGGAGUGGUUCCGGCGAAACCACGACCCCGGUGUGUCGGCCUACCUGAAGCUGCUCUUCACUUCGGAGCAGAUGGUGCAGGAACAUGAGAUCUGGGAGAAGGCCAUGGAGCAGAAGAUGCCGGCAUUCUACGAAGGCAUAGCCGAGCUUCUGAAGGAGUACCGAGCACGGGGCGGCCGUGUGGCUGUGGUGUCCCACAGCCCGGCGCACGUCAUCCAGCGCCACUAUGACGCCCAUCCAUGGGCCGAGUACAUUCGCCCGGACCUGGUCUUAGGCUGGGACCAGGACCCUGCCAAACGAAAGCCUUCACCCUGGCCGGCUCUGCAUGCGUUGCAGCAUUUUGGCGUGCAGCCUGCGGAAGUGUUGGCUCUAGAUGACCUCUCACCUGGAGUGAAAAUGGCCAAAGCUGCCGGAAUCACAGUCGUAGCGGCGGGCUGGGGACAUAAUGUGCAACCCAUCCAGGACUACAUGCGACGGGAGUGUGAGCAGUAUUUCGAGACAGUGCAGGACUUCGCUGACUACCUUCUCACGUCUCGAGCCUCGGCGCUCUGA